CUGAGCUGCUGCCCCCCUAGUUCUGUGCGUGGGUGCUGCCGACCUGGGGCGGGCGGCGCCGAGUCCCCUCUGCAGGGAGCGGGGCGUCAGCUGCGCUGUCCGCCUUCGGCUGCCGAAGCUCAAGCCCCGUGGGGAGCAGCGCAGACUCGGCUUGUCUACCUCCUCGACCCUCAAGCACGACCCCCUCACACCGCAUCCUUCUGCACGCAGGGGAGUUCGUCAGCAUGAGGGCUGCACUGAGAUUCAGGGAAACCCGUGGGACCCGAUCACUGCCAGGUUGCCUGGCGGUCCGGGCGUCUUCGGCCUCAUGACCACACAGCACUGUUUACAGCUGGAGGGACCCACACCGGUGGGAAAAGCACAUAGAGAUAUAUGUACACUGGGCACCCAUCCUCAAGAAAAUGUCAGGGGGUACCAGCAACGUGGCCCCCACUGAAGUAUCACAGAGCAGACUCCUGGUUUGUCAGGGCGUUGAGAUUCCCCUGAGAGCCUGGCUUUUCUCGGAUGGCUUUGCUGGUCAACGAAAGGGCCAGUUACCUUUCACCAGGAGGUUCCCCCCUGGUGACCAGCAUGAGCACAGCCGCACACAGCUGCAGGGCAGCUGGUCUCCUGGGGCCUCCUGAAUCCUCUCCACGGGCUGCCAGCCCUUGAUGUAUGGAUUGUGUUUGAGUUUCAAGCAGAGGCCAGGAUCCAGACUCCUGUCUCCCCCAGGCACUUAAAAUUAAAAUGCAGGCCCCUCCUCCAAUGCAAGGGCUGGAACAGGACAGGAAGAGGCCACUGCAGAAGUCCCCGCAGACGCCCCACUGUCACUUGGGUCUGUUCUUGUAAAGACUGAAACGGGUGAGUCGGGGAAGGAUCUGGCUUGUUCACUUCCUAGGUUAAUUUUUUAUAGGAAAGGCGACCAGAGGGUUAGGGAACACCCAAAUACUGAUUCCUCCCUGAAGGUGAAGGUUUGGGGGAUUGGUUGGGGAGAGUGACGCAUGCAUCAUGGGGUGAUUCAAAAGAAAACGGAUUUAAAAGAAGCAUCCGUAUCUCUAUAACCUAUAACUCUUCCACCAACCCUUUCGUCUUAGGUCAGAAAACAAUUUCUCUGUUCAGUCACAGAAGCCACUGGCUAAGAGUGGGAGGUGUAGCUGUCACUGUGCGUGCGGGGCCUUGGGGAAGAAAAGUACAACUAACCUGAUAGGUGCCCCUCCCUUGGGGCCCAUGAGAACUCUGCAAAACUGCUUUUCUGAACCUGUAAAAGGGUUCUGGAUUAAAACCAAAGCCACACCCUCCUGUUGAUUCCUCUUUUACUCUCAAAAGCAAAAUCUGUAAUAGGAAGAGACUCUGAAAGUAAUAGUCCUCUACAGAACUAGGUCCAAAACGCUCCUUUUGGGUUCCCUUUUUAAAAGAAGGUUUUAUGAAAAUCAGCAAGAGGUGAAACAUCCCUUUAGGAUUCAAAGAAAGCUCUGGGCUGCCCUACAGAAAGCUACUUGUCAGUAAGGCGGUCUCCUUACAGAAAUGGCCCACGUGAGGGGAGUCCAGGUUUCCGCUAAAGACGUUACAGCUCAUCAUGGGUGCCUAGCUGGUAAAGAGCCUCACGUUAGCUUCUAGAAUGGAGCAGAAAUUCAGGAAGUUGCUUGCUGCAAAAGAGAAGGUGACUCACGGCUGAGCUAGAGUAUGGGCCCUGGGGGAAUGAUGCUCGAAUACCUCUUGUUCUGAAGGGGGCCCCAGAGGCCUUGGCUCAGAUGGUGCAACAUCGAUGCCCGCUGGGCAUGGCCUCUAAGGACAGGCCUGAGACCUGGGUUUCCCCAGACCGGCUGCAGCCGGAAAACACCCGCAGAGGGAGUCGGGGCUCAGAGAAGAACAUCUCCGUGUGCCCGGGCCUCCCUCACGUUCUCAUUCCACCUGUGAGUUGCCGCUGCUGAGUAUUUCCAUUUCCCUCCCUCUGCUCCCCACCCUGUCUCUGCAGACGGGUGAACAUGUUACUGCGAGUGGCGGACACAUGCGGGCAGGGGAGGGGCUCGUGCUGGUGCCCGGAGCGUUGCAAACAGCACCAUCGUGAAGCCCAGGAGGGUCUCCUGCCUCGGAUCAGAGCCAGACAGAAGCGCGUUCCUUUUACACGUGGCUGGGCGCCCGUGGGUUCUCUCUCUCGGCCAGUGUAGUUAAUGUUUAUCCACCCUCACCCCCCGGGCACAGCUGUGUGGCCUCGGCCUGGACAGGGCCUGUGUCUCAGCCCCCAGCCCCUCUCUUCUCAGGCACUUGCUGAACCUUGGUCUUUUCCUCAGGUUUACGAAACACUUUCUGCCUCUUUGUGCUUCAGAGUUGUGUCUGUCUGUUUUUGUUUUUUAAUAAAGAUUAUGAUAUGGCCCAGCGUUAAGGGUGCAGACAGAGCUCUGCCUGUGUCCAUAGCAAGAAAAGAACAUUUUUGCAGGCUUCCCGUCUCGGCAUAAUGGCAUCGCGGGAGGUUUUGUGCAUGUGCAGAAUUGUAAUGCAAACCCUGACCGUCUGGGUCAAGGCCAAAGUCUUGCUAUUUUAAAUUAAAUAAACUAUAUUUCUUUUGUGUAUUUGGUAAACCGACUGCCGUUGAUGUGGGUGCGGGUCGGCAGUGCGGCUCAGACGGGCCUGUGCUGUGGGGCAGGUCCAGAGCUUUCCACACGGUUGGGCCCUGGAGACCACGUCUGUGUCCUUCUCUCUGGGCAAAUGCUGUCGGGUAGGUGGCCACCUGGUUGGUAUAGCCAGCUUCUCCUGAGUUUGCCUGAUAGAAUCCCUCGUCUGGGUUGGGGAGCAGGGGUGGUGGUGUUUAGAAUACAGAUUCCAAGGCCCCGUCCCAUAUGAGGAUCAACAGAGCCAAGUUCCAAGGACCCGCAGCUUAGGGCUAAACUCUCACGAGUGAGACACUCCAGAUACUGGGCCACCAACCAUGUCUCCCUUCUUGCGUGAUUCUAUCCCGACACCCGGUGACCCUCUGCAGUGGCAACUAAGGCUCCCCGGUGGCCGGGAACUGCUGGCGCACAAGGGCUCUUCUCUGAAGGAAGCAGCCUUCCAAAACCAGCCAUCGAAGCCAGCUGCCUCGUUCGGUGCAGACCUUCGCAGCCCUGCAGCCCUGCCAUCAAGUCUUUUUUUUUUUUUUUUAACUGCUACAUCUUGGGAACUUUGCUCCCAGAAGCGUUCCUUUUUUAUUUGUUCUACUUUCUGGAUUUUGUAAAGCUAAAAAUACAUCAACUGUCAAGAGGAUGAGAGGACAAGCCACAGACUGGAAGAAAAUAUUUGCAAAAGACACAUCUGUGUAUCUAUACAAGAUGAUGGAUGCUAACCUAUUGUCAUCAUUUCACAAUGUAUGUGAAUUGCCUUCACACUGUACACCUUGAACUUAUACAGUGAGGUGUGUCAAUUAUUUUUCAGUGAAACUGGGGAUUGGGGGGAAUACACAUCUGAUAAAGGACUGUUACCAAAAUAUACAGCGGACCCUUUUUUUUUCAAAUUUUUAUUUUUAUUUAUUUAUUUUUGGCUGCGUUGGGUCUUCGUUGCUGCACGUGGGCUUUCUCUAGUUGUGGCGAGUGGGGCCCACUCUUCGUUGUAGGGCACAGGCUUCUCAUUCUAGUGGCCUCUCUUGUUGCAGAGCACGGGCUCUAGGCAUGCAGGCUUCAGUAGUUGUGGCUCGUGGGCUCCAGAGCGCAGGCUUAGUAGUUGUGGCGCACGGGCUUAGCUGCUCUGCGGCAUGUGGGAUCUUCCCGGACCAGGGCUCGAGCCCCUGUCGCCUGCAUUGGCAGGCGGAUUCUUUUUCGUUUUUUUUUUUUUUUUUUUGCGGUACGUGGGCCUCUCACUGUUGUGGCCUCUCCCAUUGCGGAGCACAGGCUCCGGACGCGCAGGCUCAGCGGCCGUGGCUCACGGGCCCAGCCGCUCCAUGGCAUGUGGGAUCUUCCCGGACAGGGGCACGAACCCAUGUCCCCUGCAUUGUCAGGCAGACUCUCAACCACUGUGCCACCAGGGAAGCCCGGCAGGUGGAUUCUUAACCACUGCGCCACCAGUGAAGCCCUACAGUGGACAUUUAACACUCAGCAAUAAGAAAACAACCCGAUUAAGAAAUGGACCAAAGACCUUAACAGCCGCCUCACCAAAUAAGAUACAGAGAUAGCAAAUAAGCACGUGAAAAGAUGCUCCACAUCAUGUGCCACCAGUUAACACAAGUUAAAACAGCGAGAUACCACUACCCACCUCUUAGAGUGGCCACGAUCCAGGACAUCGACAGCACCAAAUGCUGGCGAGGAUGUGGAGGAACAGGAACUCUCAUUCACUGCUGGUGGGAAUGCAAAAUGGUGCAGCCACUUUGGAAGAGAGUUGGGCAGUUUCUUACAAAACUAAACAUACUCUUCCCAGCAAUCACGCCCCUUGGUAUUUACCGAAAUGAGUGGAAAACUUAUGUCCACACAAAAACCUACACACAGAUGUUCAUAGCAGCUUUAUCCAUAAGUGCCCAAAACUUGGAAGUAGUUAAGAUGUCCUUCAGCAGAGGAAUGGAUAAAUAAACUGUGCUGCCUCCAGACAAUGGAAUAUUAUUCAGCACUAAAGAGAAAGGAGCCCUCAAGCCAUGGAAAGACAUGGAGGAAACUUACAUGCAUUACUGAGCGACAGAAUUCGAUCUGAAAAGGCUGCAUGCUGUACGAUUCCAACUAUAGGACAUUCUGGAAAAGGCAGAACUAUGGAGACAGUAAAAAGAUCAGUGGUUGCCAGGGGUUGGGGUGAGGGAGGUGGAGCACAGGGGAUUUUUAGGGCAGUGAAACCACUCUGUAUGACCCUAUGAUGAUGGAUACCUGUCAAUACACACUUGUCCAAACACACUAUGUCCAACACCAAGAGUGAGCCCUAAUGUGAACUCUGGACUCUGGGUGAUAAUGACGUGUCAGUGCAGAUUCAUCCCAGGUGACAAGGGUACCACCUGGGUGGGAGGUGGUGAUGCUGGGGAGGGCUGUGCAGGUGUAGGAGCUGGGGGCACAUGGGAAAUCUGUAUCUUCCCUUCAAUUUUGCUAUAAACCUAAAACUGCUCUACGAAAAUAAAGUCUUAAUAUAAUUAAUUAAUUUAAAAAUACAUUGACCAGCCCCUAGAAAUGCCUUGCAUCUUUUUUAUAUUAAUUUUGUUAUUAAGAUGCAACUGGCGGGGAGGGAUAGAUUGGGAGUCUGGGAUUGACAUGCACACACUGCUGUAUUUAAAAUAGAUAACCAACAAGCAUCUACUAUAGAGCAGGGAACUCUGCUCAAUACUAUCUAAUAACCUGAAUGGGAAAGAAUUUGAAAAAGAAUAGAUACAUGUAUAUGUAUAACUGAAUCACUUUGUUGUACACCUGAAACUAACACAACAUUGUUAAUUACGCUCCAGUAUAAAAUAAAAAUUAAAAAGAAAUUUAAAAAAAUAAAAACAAUAAAAUUAUUACACUCUAAAAGAUACAGCAUACACAAACUUAAACAAUACAAAAUUAGCAGUGUCCUGUCCUGUUUCUUCCGGGCAACCACUUGGGAGGGUGUUUUAGCUACUCUCUCUUGCCUUGGUCUCCAUACCUUGAACCAGAUGCUACGUGCUUACCUGUGAGAAAAUGGAAGAAGCCUUUCCCGGCCGGCGCUGAGAGACCUUCCCGAGACCCUCCACUCAUUAGGUGCUGUGUACCUCUCCCCAUCCACCCCAUCUCCCCUCGGUGACCCUUCAUCACCUCUUCCCCGACCUUCCCACCAGCCCCCUCAUCCUGCUUAGGGAGGCUCUGAGCACCACCCAAGGCACAGUCUGGCCAGGCGACCCGGCCUGAGGGACUCCAGGGGAUGCAGUGAACAGUCCAAGCCCUCAGGCCUCCUCUCUGGAGUCCCCCUCUCUGGAGUCACCUCCGCCUUCCUCACCCCAGCAAACAGCACACCUUUCCAUGCUGGUGAUGCUUGUGGUUUCUCCCAACCCCAGCAAGCAAUCGUCUGACACCAGCUGUAGGACCAGCUGGGUGUCCUGCAGUUCAGUUCUGACACUGUCUACCUGGAGACAGCAUCAUACCCACAGGUGAAGGUCUCAGUCCCAAAGACAGUCUCCCCACUUCAGAUACCAACUGAAAGUCCAGGUUGUCACCUGUGCUUCUGCCCAACCACCCGUAGGCUGGAGAUUCCCACUGGAGACCCCCUCUUUGGGUUCGAUUAAUUUGCUAGAUUAACUCACGAAAGUCAGAGAAACAUUUUACUUAUUAGAUCACUGGUUAUUACCAUGGACAUAAUUCAAGAACAGCCCGAUGGCAGAGAUGCACAGGACAAGGUAUGGGGAAGGGACACAGAACUUCCAUGUCCUCCAAGUCCUACUCUCCCCAAACCUCUGUGUUUUCCUGUCCUUUUGGGUUUUUAUGGAGGCUUCAUUAUAUGAUUGAUUAAAUCAUUGGCUACUGGUGGUUUAUUCAACCUCCAGCCCCUCUCUCCUCCCAGGAGGCUGGCGGCGUAGGACUGAAAUGUCCAACUCCCUAAUCACAGGGUUGGUUCCCCUGGCAACCAGCCCCAUCCUUUGCUUACCUAGGGGCUUUUCCAAAAGUCACCUCACUGACAUAACAAAGACACUCUCAAUGCUGAGGAGAUUCCAAGAUCUUAGGAUCUAUGUGCCAGGAUGGGAUGAAGAGCAAAUAUGUAUUUCUGAUGAUAAAUCACAAUAUCACGGUGCUGCUCCCUCCUGCCCCAUGCUGUCCCCUCUCCCUGGAAAGCCCUUCUCUUCCCUUCUUGCUUGGCUCCCUGCUUCUGCCCUUAGCCAGCAGACACCCUGAAGACCACCUCCCUCUGCUCCAUGGCCUUCUAAGCAGACCUCUGAGAUGCCACGGUGUCCAUAAAGACCAGAAGUUCCAGGGACCACUCUACCUGGCCAGUUCCCCCAGAGCCUGCCCGGUUCUGGGCACAUUGUGAGACGCUAGGGCCAGCCCAGCAUGCACGUGGGGCUUAAGCCUUUCACAUCCAAAAAGUUAGAAGUUUGGGAGGAAGAGGUAAAUGACUUCUUUUUUUAAAAUAUAUUUAUUUAUUUGUUUGUUUGUUUUUGGCUGCGUUGGGUCUUGUUGCUGCGCACAGGCUUUUCUCCAGUUGUGGCGAGCGGGGGCUACUCUUCGUUGCUGUGCGCGGGCUUCUUAUUGCGGUGGCUUCUCUUGUUGUGGAGCACAGGCUCUAGGCAUGCAGGCUCAGUAGUUGUGGCUCACGGGCUCUAGAGCGCAGGCUCAGUAGUUGUGGUGCACGGGCUCAGUUGCUCCACGGCAUGUGGGAUCUUCCCAGACCAGGGCUUGAACCCAUCUCCCCUGCAUUGGCAGGAGGAUUCUUAACCUCUGCACCACCAGGGAAGUCCCUAAAUGACUUUCUGAAUGAAGCAUGUGGGUUCCCCCACCAAAAUAAACCCCAAAACUCAGAAUCACGUAUUGGAGCAGAAUCCAGGCUCCAUGAAGGAAAGGUUUGCCUGGUGUUAUGGGGUCAGGACAUUGAUAGUAGCUGACAGCUAAUGUUUACUGAGCUCUUAUUACAUUUGGGGCCAAGUGAGGUCACCCUUCUCAGCAGAGGCCCUAGUGACCACACAGGUUGCAGGCCUCCCAUAGAGUCGGCCCAGCCUGUUGAUAAGGCAAAGCCAUGCAUUGCUUGCAGGAUAAGGAAAAACACUCCCAACAGGGCCUUAAUAGGGUCUCAGAGUGGGAGGGACAUUUAGUGGGAUAUUUAGUGAAUUUUUUUUUUUUUUUUUUUGCAGCACAGCACAGCUUGCAGGAUCUUAGUUCCGCAGCCAGGGAUCAAACCUGUGGCCCCUGCGAUGGAAGCAUGGGCCCCUAACCCCUGGACCACCAGGGAAUUCCCUUUAGCAGCAUGUUUGAAGUGUGGUUUAAGGUGGGCCUUUUAAUGUGCUGGGGACUGGGCGAGGGUCACGACAUCCCAGUUUUGCAUCAGUGGGCAUAGUAGGGUAAGCAUCUGGAGGUGAAGAAUUUCAAGAGUUUUGGGUGGAAACUGUCACGAUGCUUUCUGUUAAAGAAUGCAUGGUUUCUUAAAAGUUCUUGGAGGGAAGUAGAAGUUACUUGUGGAAACAAAAAAAUGUUGCCCACAAUUCCAGUUCUACAAGGAUGAAGUAAUUAGCCCCUGACCUAUAGCAAACCCUGAAAGGAAUUCAGGAUGAAGUACUCUGUGUUUUGGGCACAUGGGGCCCAAGAUAGUUAAGAUACAUGUCUGAGAAAGAAUUUUGAUGACCCCAGAUUCUACGCACCUUCCCAUGCAUAGCAAAGCACUAAAAUCAUUAACUGGAGAUAUCUGUUUUCUGUGAUUAGCAUUAAUCUUUUAACAAGAUGUAGGCUUGGCUACAUGUAUUCCCCAGUCAAAAAAUUUCAUAUAUCUGCUCCUCCAAUACCUUUUUCGGAGCAGUUUCUCAGAGCUCUCUGAGAGGCUGUAUGCUGGGCCAUAGUCAUCAGUAAGAUACUGAAUAAAACUCAACUCACAGCCCUUACGUUGAGCUUUUAUUUUUUUCCAGAUGACACUUGCAACUUAUAGCUUUCUGGGCCAGUCUCCUGGGAGUAGUAAAGUGAUGCUGAUGAGGGCAGCCACGUCUUUACCCAGCCAUGUCUUGGCAGACAAACCAUGGUCCAAGAAAGGGGGUCAGGAGAGACAGGUGUGUGAACAACGAGGCUCUGGAAGGAGAGAAACCGGGUCAACCAGGCCUCUGCCGUUCCUAAUGGUGUCACUCUGGGCAAAGAACUGUGACCUCUCGUAGUCUCGAUUUCAUCUAAAAAGGAGAUAAUAAUGAAACUAACAUGAGACCCAGUGCUUAGUACAAGGACUGAGCCAGAGGAAAGCUCUACAAGACGCAGCUGUCAUUAUUCUCGGUUAGCUUUUCUUGUGUUACCUAAGAGCCCCUGAAGGGUCUACUACUUCCUGCCCCUUCCCCACAGCUGAAUCCUCCCCUCUGUUUCCAGUGCCCCAGGCCCAGUUCCAGACGGAACAAUCUCACACCUGCUCUUGUUGAGCAGUACCUAUUUAACAAGCAUCUGGGGAAUUUCCCAUGACCAUUAUGUCAGAGAUGGGAGCAGACUCUCCCUUUCGCUAACAUUUUCUGUAGCUUCUCUUCUCCCUGGCACCCAGCAAAUCACUGGAUUUGCCUGGACCUGUUGCAUCUGGGAGAGCUUCUCUCAAAUACCAGCAGACAGCGUUUGUCUCUUCCCUGUCUCGGCACCACCACCCCAGGAGGAAAAGCAGACGGGGAGCGUUGGGCGUCGGAGGGCAGGUGCUGUCUGAAGUUACCCAACCAGCGCCAUGAUGAGUGACAUGAGUGACGAGGAGAGCAUUGGGGACGCUGUGUCAGCCCUGGGGAGGCUGACACCAGUGCUUGCCCUGGCGACGCUGAUAGCUGCCUUUGGGUCAUCCUUCCAGUAUGGGUACAACGUGGCCGCUAUUAACUCCCCUGCCGAGCUCAUGAAAGCAUUUUAUAACGAGACCUACUAUGACAGAAUCGGUGAAUACAUAAACGAAUUCUCCUUGACCUUGCUGUGGUCGAUUUCUGUGUCCAUGUUUCCCUUUGGAGGCUUCCUCGGCUCCCUCAUGGUCGGCCCCAUGGUGAAUACAUUAGGCAGAAAAGGAACCUUGCUGUUCAACAACAUCUUUUCCAUCGUGCCUGCGAUCUUAAUGGGGUGCAGUGAAGUUGCCAAGUCAUUUGAGAUGAUAAUUGUGGCCAGACUUUUGGUGGGAAUAUGUGCAGGUCUGUCUUCCAAUGUCGUCCCUAUGUACUUAGGGGAGCUGGCCCCUAAGAACCUGCGGGGGGCCCUGGGGGUGGUGCCCCAGCUCUUCAUCACCGUCGGCAUCCUUGCGGCCCAGAUCUUGGGUCUUCGGAGUCUCCUCGCAAACGAAGCAGGCUGGCCCAUCCUCCUCGGCGUGACCGGGAUCCCCGCGGCACUGCAGCUCCUUCUGUUGCCCUUCUUCCCCGAGAGCCCCAGGUACCUGCUCAUUCAGAAGAAAGAUGACGUGGCUGCCAAAAACGCGCUGAGGGAACUGCGAGGCUGGGACGACGUGGACGCCGAGACACAGGAGAUCUGGGAGGAGGACAGGGCCGAGAAGGCCGCGGGCUUCAUCUCCGUGCUGAAGCUGCUGAGAAUGAGGUCCCUGCGGUGGCAGGUCAUCUCCAUCGUCGUCCUCAUGGGCGGCCAGCAGCUGUCGGGAGUGAACGCGAUCUACUACUAUGCAGACCAGAUCUACCUGAGCGCUGGGGUGAGGGCACAGGAUGUCCAGUACGUGACGGCGGGCACAGGCGCGGUCAACGUGCUGAUGACCGUCUGCGCCGUUUUCGUGGUGGAGCUCCUGGGGAGGAGAUUCCUGCUCCUCCUAGGCUUCUCCAUCUGCUUCACCGCCUGCUGCGUGCUGACGGCCGCCCUGGCUCUGCAGGACACAAUAUCCUGGAUGCCCUACGUCAGCAUCGCCUGCGUCAUCUCCUAUGUCAUAGGACAUGCCCUUGGGCCCAGUCCCAUCCCCGCACUGCUCAUCACCGAGAUCUUCCUGCAGUCCUCCCGGCCGGCCGCCUACAUGGUGGGGGGCAGUGUCCACUGGCUCUCCAACUUCACUGUGGGCUUGAUCUUCCCAUUCAUUCAAGUGGGCCUCGGAGCUUACAGCUUUAUCAUUUUUGCCAUGAUAUGUGUUCUCACCACCAUCUACACCUUCCUGGUUGUCCCCGAGACCAAGUCCAAGACCUUCAUAGAAAUCAAUGAGAUCUUCACCAAGAUGAACAAAAUGUCAGAGGUGCACCCAGAAAAGGAGGAGCUAAAGGACUUUCCGCCCUCUACUGCGGGGCAGUAACUUGAGAGGAGGAGCCUGUGAAUCAGGUCUGCGUGAAGCUUCCCUCCUGGGCUAUGAAUCCAGAACUAGGACAAGUCCGGUGUGGAAGGCAGGCCCUGAUGAGACUGUCGUAAGGGCUUCUGUGCAGUUCUUAAAGCCAGGCUGUCUCUUUCCAGGUUGUCCCAUCACCAACCCCAAGGCAUGCCGGGCAGCUGUCCCUCAGCCAUGCUGGGUCAGCCAUUGUGUGGCUCCUGGCAACACCGGCUCUUAUAAUGAAAGCCCUUACCAUGGUGUUGAGAUGGAAGGAAUCAAACGUGGCCAAAGAAACUAGUUCUUCUCCAAUCCCGUAGUCUUCCGGGGGCCACGGGCCCAUGUUCAGGGUGGAAUCCAUCCUCUUGUCAGAUCCAUCUCCAGAAACACUAGUUUUGAAAAGUAUGAUGUCGUGAGUGAUGAAGUCUAGGAAUCUGGGAAGCAGGUCCCUAUGGAGACUUUAACCAAGUCAGAGAUUAUUGUUCCCAAAUUAUAUUAUUAGAGGACAAUAGAAUUGCCUUUGUAUACUCAAUAAAACAAAUAUGAUCACUUUUCA